UUGUUUCUUCGUCAUUUUGAGUUGGUUACAAUUGUUUUUCACUCAUCCUACGAUGAUUCCCGUUGUUUUUCCUACUCGAUUUAAUGAUUUUGCCCGUUUUAAUUCGCGUCGUUCAGAGCGUAUAGAAAUUUUUGAAUUUGUUUCGACAGGCCAAGAAGGAGUAGAGUAUUGUGAAUCAACAGAAGAAUUUAUAUUAAGAUUUUCAGUUUAG